CAUUUUCAAAACAAAAUAUUUGAAAAAGAUGGGAAGACGAAAGGGCGAAGAAUAUAAGAUGCGAGUAUACAAGAAAUCAAAGAAUAAGAAAAAUCAUUAUUCUGGGAAGAGAAGACCCAGAGAAUCGUAUGAUGAUAUUGUAAAAGAAAAUGAAAUGUUUGAGAACUACUAUAAAGCACAAAAUAUCAUUUCUGGUGAGGAAUGGGGGAAUUUUAUGGAUAGAUUACGUGCACCAUUGUCAUCAACAUUCAGAAUCACUGGGAUAAGAGGGCAUGCCAAAAAACUCAUGAAUUACCUCAAAAUACAUUAUGUGAACAAACUGAAUGAAGCUAAAGAUGAUCUUGGUGAAGAUGUGGAUUGCUUUGGAAAGCCUCUCAAAUGGUAUCCAGGUGAACUCGCAUGGCAAAUAAAUUUAACACGGCGUUUUAUCAGACGUUCUGGUGUGGUGUCAAAUUUUCACAAGUUUUUGAUUCAUGAAUCUGAAAUGGGAAACCUUAGUCGUCAGGAAGCUGUCAGCAUGAUACCACCUUUACUUAUUGAUGUUGAACCUCAUCAUAAGAUAUUAGAUCUUUGUGCUGCUCCUGGCUCGAAAACUGCCCAAUUGAUUGAAAUGUUACAUGAAAAAGCAGCAAACCGUCUUCCAGAUGGUUUUGUCAUAGCAAAUGAUAUUGAUCCAAAACGUUGUUACAUGUUGGUGCAUCAAAGUCGUAGAAUUCACAGUCCAUGUUGUCUUGUUACAAAUCAUGAUGCUGCUAUAUAUCCUGAUAUUAAGAUAAAAAAGAAUGAGAAUGGAGAAGAAUUGAUGCAUUUUGAUCGCAUACUUUGUGAUGUUCCAUGUAGUGGUGAUGGUACAAUGAGGAAAAAUCCCCAAAUAUGGAAAAAAUGGAAUCCGGAGAUUGGCAUUUCUCUUCACAAGACACAGUUACGAAUUCUUGUUCGAGCUGUUGAAAUGCUUGCCAUCAAUGGUAUAGUUGUAUAUUCAACAUGUUCAAUGAACCCAGUAGAGGACGAAGCUGUUGUUUCACAAUUACUGUACAGAGCUAAGGGCUCUGUGGAGUUAGUGGAUGUGUCUGAUAGAUUAACUGAUCUAAAACGAGCACCUGGAUUGGAAACUUGGAAGAUUCAAACGAAAGACGGUCGAUCAGUUGUCAGUUUUGAAGAAUGUGGCUCAUCUGAUAGAACGCAUGGCUUUCUUGAAUCUAUGUGGCCACCUCGUGACGUGGACGGUCAGCAUUUACAACGAUGCUGGCGUUUAUAUCCACAUCAUCAAGAUACUGGAGGAUUCUUCAUUGCCGUACUCCAGAAAAAAUCCCCUUUACCGUGGACCGAGGGAUACCGAUCACAUCCGAAGUUAUUGCCGUGGGAGAUGAAUAAAAAGGAAAAGAAGGAGCUAAAACGUACUGGAAAAAUUGAUAAAGACAAUGGUAAUGUUAAAGAUGAGAUUGAACCUCGAGUUAAGGACAUGGUACAGUCAGAUGUGGUAAAAGAAAACACCAAAUCAUGUGAAGAUCUAAAUAUUGAGGAUAGUUUUAGUGAAGGAAUUGUUGAAGAGGCGACGGCUCAGAUUAAUACAACAGAAAAAAAUGACGGACAGCUGUCGUGUUUGUAUCAAAGUGUUAAAGCAUCCGAACCGCAGAAGAAAAGAAGAAAAAUUGAUUCAAAAUCUGACAAAAGAGAAAAUCCUUUCGUAUUUGUGGAAAAGAAUGACACACACUGGACGACUAUAAGAAAGUUUUAUGAGAUUUCAAACACUUUCCCAGAGAACUGUUUGCUCGUGCGCUCCGCAAGUGAGCGCAAACGUACAAUAUAUUUCGUAUCAACGGGGCUGGCAAUGAUGCUAAAGAAUGUAGAUCAAACAGAGUUUAACGUGAUUAACGCUGGUCUUCGGUUAUUUACAAGAUGUGAAAAUAGUGAUGAAGAUUGGUCUUUUAGAAUAAAUGGAGAGGCCUUGGAGACAAUUUUACCAUUUCUUACCAAUAAACGUGUCGUACAUGUACCACUGGAGGAUCUUGUUAGGAUAUUAGUGGAUAUGAGUCCCAAAGUAUCUCAGAUGACAAUGGAAACAAAGUCGUCAUUGGGGACAAUUGGUCCUGGUUGCAUUAUUUUCAUGUAUGAUUCUCAAAAAAGUGAUCCUUCAUUAUCUACUGGUAUAAAAAUUUCUGUUUGUGGCUGGAGAAGCAGAACCGUUAUAUUACGCAGUCUUAUUGCUAAGGCUGAUAGAAUGCACUACUUAAGGAUUGCAGGUUAUGCACCUGAUUCUCCUGAACUUCAAGCUCUUGCUAUUGACUCUAAGAUAAAUGUUGAAGAACAAAUAUCCCUGUGGAAAGUAUAGACAAAAGUGAUGUCUCACUCAUGCAAUGUGAAGGAGGUUUAGAUAACUCUUGAAUUAGAACAGACAGUAGACAAAGCUGAAGAAACAGGUCAACCACAAGAAAAAGAUAAGGUUCAUGAGCUGGAGGAAACCAUAGUAACAGAUAAAACUACAGUAGAAGAUGAAUAACUUUUCUGAGGAAAAGCAUACACAAGAGAAAGUAAGCAUUUGUGUGAAAAAUUUGUUCUGUCAAGAUGGAUGUUCUUUGACAGUAUUUGAAAACAAACAAUAAAGAUGAUUUUGUGUGUAAUUUUUAUGGAAUGUGGCUGUUUAAUAUGUGCAUUUUUGAUGUUUAUGUGCAUUGAAAUGAGCAACAUCUGUUUAUUUAAAUCCACAAGUUUUUUUAAUUUUUUAUCAUUGUACCUGAAAAUCAACCAACAUCCUGUUAAAGGAUGUUGUCUUGUUUAAAUGCCACUUGUUGAUUGAGUAUCAAUUAUCAACUUGUAAACAUUGCAA